AUGCUGAGCGUCGUCUGCACCCUUUUGCCCGACGACCCCUACGAAUUCAUGACCAACCACGUAGCGUCCAACCGCCCCGCGCCCCCGCCUCCCGAGGGAGGGCAGCUGGGUAGCGGUGCCUUGUGGGUGUUGCUGCCGGGAGGCGACCCACUAUGUGCGGAGCACUGGAGAUUGCGGCGCUGUUGGCUCUCGAGCAAGGGCACACUGUGCGUGAGCACAGCCCCUGCGACGGUCCAGCAGGAUGGCAGCAAACUGAUGUACCGCGCGCCCGACAACAAGGCUCCCACCACCUUCCCUGUGGAGGUGGGUAGCACCUAUAGAGAACUGGACGAGGAUGAGACUGCCCGACCCUUUGGCUUCAUCGUCACGAAGAAGGGCUCCAGCAUGUUCUUGGCGGCGGGCUCAGAGGAGCAGCGGGACGAAUGGUUCAACCUCCUUGGCCACUUUUCGGACGCAGAUCGGCGCAAGGGUCCUCCGCCCGCUGUUGGCAAGAUCCUGUCCCCGAGGGCGGAAGGCCUCGGUGGCACGCAGGUGAGGGGCGAAACAUUGCAUGCAUGGCCCGGCGAGACCCCUAACUCUACACCUAAAUAUUGGGAUGUUCCCCCUUCUACUAACAGUCCUUAA